CGCUUCAGCGCCCGGAGCCAGCUGGAUCUUUUCGUCUGGGACGGAGGCGGAGGCUCCGGGCUUAUUGUCGCUGGGGUGGACCCCCUCCUCACGCCCCCAGCCCUCUACCCACCAAGACGAGCCUCCCCACCCAGCACUGCCUCUUGCUGCCCUGGCAGCUGGUCCAGCCAGGAAUUGGCCCUGUUCACUUCUCCUGGGACUUACAGCCCGCACCCCUCCAGGAGCAGACGGGCUCCCCGGGGGUCCCCCAACCUUUUGCUAGAGCCUGCGCUGGCAGUGCCAGCUUGGGAAGGAACAUGAAGGUGGGCUGGCCAGGGGAGAGUCGCUGGCAGGUGGGCCUGGCUGUGGAGGACAGCUCAGCUCUGGGAGCACCACCAGUGGGUGGCCUCCCCGAUGUCAUGCCAGAGGGGAAGCUGCUCGACAUGGUGCUGAGGAGGAUGCACCGGCCCCGAAGCUGCUCCUACCAGCUGCGGCUUGAACACCAGCGCCCCAGCCGCAUCCAGGGGCUUCGCUGGACGCCACUGGCUGACAGUGAGGAGUCCCUGGAUUUCAGCGUGAGCCUGGAACAGGCCUCCAUGGAGCGAGUGCUCAAGGCUGGGAAGCAGCUGCAUCGACAUCUGCUGGCCACUUGCCCAAACCUCAUCCGAGACCGAAAGUACCAUCUUAGGCUCUAUCGGCAGUGCUGCUCUGGCCGGGAGCUGGUGGAUGGGAUCUUGGCCGUGGGGCUUGGGGUCCAUUCCCGGAGCCAAGCUGUGGGGAUCUGCCAGGUGCUGCUGGAUGAAGGGGCCCUCUGCCAUGUGAAACACGACUGGACCUUCCAGGACCGAGACACCCAGUUCUACCGUUUCCCUGGGCCAGAGCCAGAGCCUGCAGGAGUCCAUGAGCUGGAGGAGGAGCUUGUUGAGGCUAUGGCCCUGCUCUCCCAGCGGGGUCCUGAUGCCCUGCUCACUGUGGCACUUCGAAAGCUCCCAGGUCAGCGCACGGAUGAGGAGCUGGACCUCAUCUUCGAGGAGCUGCUGCACAUCAAGGCCGUGGCCCACCUCUCUAACUCGGUGAAGCGAGAAUUAGCUGCAGUUCUGCUCUUUGAGCCACACAGCAAGGCGGGGACAGUGUUGUUUAGCCAGGGGGACAAGGGCACCUCAUGGUACAUCAUCUGGAAGGGGUCUGUCAACGUGGUGACCCAUGGCAGGGUGAGUCCUGCUGCCUCCCAGCCCCUGCAUUUGACUGGUCCCUGUCCACGUGCUCAUGGGCAGGGCCUUGGGGACCUCCCAGGCCUUCCCUGCCUUGGCCACUCUCCCCGUGGCGGGUCUGUCCUGGUGAGGGCUGACGUCCGGCUGCAGGGGCUUGUGACCACGCUGCAUGAGGGAGACGACUUUGGACAGCUGGCUCUGGUGAACGAUGCACCUCGGGCAGCCACCAUCAUCCUGCGAGAAGACAACUGUCAUUUUCUCCGUGUGGACAAACAGGACUUCAACCGGAUCAUCAAGGACGUGGAAGCAAAGACCAUGAGGCUGGAAGAACACGGGAAGGUGGUGCUGGUGCUAGAGCGAGCCUCUCAGGGCGCCGGACCUCCUCGGCCCCCAGCCCCGGGCAGGAGCCGGUAUACAGUGAUGUCUGGCACCCCAGAGAAGAUCCUAGAACUGCUGUUGGAGGCCAUGCGCCCUGAUUCCAGUGCUCAUGACCCAACAGAGACCUUCCUCAGCGACUUCCUCCUGACCCACAGCGUCUUCAUGCCCAGUGCCCAGCUCUGCGCUGCCCUCCUGCACCACUUCCAUGCGGAGCCCGCGGGAGGCGGUGAGCAGGAGCGCAGCACCUAUGUCUGCAACAAGAGGCAGCAGAUCCUGCGGCUGGUCAGCCGGUGGGUGGCCCUGUAUGCCCCCACACUGCACACGGACCCCGUGGCCAUCAGCUUCCUGCAGAAACUCUCCGACCUGGUGAACAGAGACACCCGACUCCACAACCUGCUUCGGGAGCAGUGGCCCGAGAGGCGGCGAUACCACAGGUUGGAAAACGGCUGUGCGAAUACAUCUCCUCAGAUGAAGGCCAGGAACAUGCCUGUCUGGCUUCCCAGCCAGGACGAGUCCCUCCCCAGCAGCAGCUGUGCCAUCCGAGUCGGAGACAAAGUCCCCUAUGACAUCUGCCGACCAGACCACUCAGUGCUGACCCUGCAGUUGCCCGUGACAGCCUCAGUGAGAGAGGUGAUGGCAGCGCUGGCCCAGGAGGGCGGCUGGACCAAGGGGCAGGUGCUCGUGAAGGUCAACUCUGCAGGCGAUACCAUUGGCCUGCAGCCAGAUGCCCGUGGAGUGGCCACAUCCCUGGGUCUCAAUGAGCGCCUUUUCGUUGUCAACCCACAGGAAGUGCAUGAGCUGACUCCACACCCUGAGCAGCUGGGGCCCACUGUGGGCUCUGCUGAGGGGCUGGACCUGGUGACUGCCAAGGACCUGGCGGGCCAGCUGACGGACCAUGACUGGAACCUCUUCAACAGCAUCCACCAGGUGGAGCUGAUCCACUAUGUGCUGGGCCCCCAGCACCUGCGGGACGUCACCACUGCCAACCUGGAGCGCUUCAUGCGCCGCUUCAAUGAGCUGCAGUACUGGGUGGCCACAGAACUGUGUCUGUGCCCUGUGCUCGGACCUCGAGCCCAGCUGCUCAGGAAGUUCAUCAAGCUGGCGGCUCACCUCAAGGAACAAAAGAAUCUCAAUUCCUUCUUUGCUGUCAUGUUUGGCCUCAGCAACUCAGCCAUCAGCCGCCUGGCCAACACUUGGGAGAGGCUGCCCCACAAAGUCAGGAAGCUGUACUCGGCCCUCGAGAGGUUGCUGGACCCCUCAUGGAACCACCGGGUGUACCGACUGGCCCUCACCAAGCUCUCGCCUCCCAUCAUCCCCUUCAUGCCCCUUCUCCUCAAAGACAUGACCUUCAUCCAUGAGGGAAACCACACGCUGGUGGAAAAUCUCAUCAAUUUUGAGAAGAUGAGAAUGAUGGCCAGAGCCGUGCGAACCGUGCAGCGCUGCCGGAGCCACAGCAGCGUGCCCCUCUCGCCGCUCAGGAGCCGUGUGUCCCACUUACACGAGGACCGCCAGGUGGUGAGGAUGUCCACAUGUAAGUGGGGCGGGCUGGGUGCUGUGGCUGGCCGGGCUGGCACUUAGAGGCGCUUGCUCGCUCUGCACAGUCCCCUGGGGCAGGUGGAGGAUGUCCCCAGGUAAAGACGCACAGACAGGCUUGAGGUAAAGUGGCUUGUGGAAGGCAUCCUGCAGGAGUGCUGGGACCUAGGCAUCUUACUCCAGACCUACAUCGUCCUAACUGGCUUUCAGGUGCACGAAACAGGAUUAAUCAUAAUCUGUGGUUCCUACCACACCGCCGCCACUGGCCUUUUCUUUUAUGUAUGUAUCUAUUCUGAUGAUAUAAUGAACGCCCCUAGACCAAGCCAAGAAUAAGCACAUGGACAGUAACUCACACCUCCCUCUGUGGGGUCCCUUCUCCUGUCUGCUUGCCUCUCCCUACCCAUGGUAACCACUCCCCUGAAUUUGGAGCUACUCAUUUUCUUAUUUUUUAAAAAGAGCCUUAUCAUGUAUAUUUAUUUAUAUUUGUAUGUUCAAAUAUAUACAAAUAUAUCUUUAAAAUGCUUUGCAUAUAUAAUGUAUACAUUAUGACAAAAUACCCAUCAGUUUUUAUUAUUUUUGCACUUAGUGAAAGGGGUUUUACACUGUAUGUGAUCUUGGGGACCUGUUUUUUUCUGGGUCUGUGCUUUUCACCCCCAGAUGAGGGUAGGAGGGGAACAGGGGCACAAUCUCCUGGACUGGUCAUGGCGAGAGGCAGAAUGGGUGGUGGGGAGCAGGGAGGCCAAGGGG